UUCAAUGAAAUUAUAAAGUAAGCUUGUCAAUCUUAAAAAGGAGAUUUACUCCUGUAAUCUUCCAUUUAUUACUUGUAAUUGAUUGAUUAAAUAUGUGAGCAAAUGAAUAUGAAAUUACUGGUGUGGCUAUUUUAAUAUUCUUAUCCAAGCUAGUAGAUUUCUGGCCAUGCACAUGAGAUGAAAAUAAAAAGGAAACAUGGGUUACAGUAAUUGGUUUGAAUGCUGUAAAUUCAGGCUUACCAUUUUUAAGGUAGUAUAGUUAAAUUAGUCUCAGACAUGUUAGUUGAAGGAAGAAAAACUUAUUUAUGCACAUACACGUAAACGAAACGAAAAUAGCAGAGUUUCUAUCGCGUGCAUAAUUAUAUAUCUCAUCAGUGACUCGAGUCCUUCGCCAAGAGAAUAAACAUCAGCCAGUACCACGGCACUGGGUCGUUCUCGCUGUCCUAACCAUAAAGAAACAUCAUUAAAUGACAUGUGAUUAAUUUUAUCUUUCUUUCCAGUUUAGCUGAAAAUGGUGUCUAUCGGAUCAAAACGAAAACAUCUGGACAUUACAGCAACGUGUGUUGUCAUAUGACAACAUUACCAGGCUGCUCCGGAGGUGGAUGGACAAUGGUGAUGAAAAUCGAUGGAAACAAGGUUGACAAAUUUUCUUAGAUGAUUAUUUUAGGAGUCAGGACGCCUAUUCAUGGUGCAAAAUAUUAGUUAAAUUUUCGUUGUCUUGCUUCAAUUGAUUCAAUUUUAUAUUGAAUGAAUAAUAGUUCUUGAUCUGGCAUUUUAUAAAAUAUUGAAGAACAGAAGUCGUUGAAUUCAACGAAGUUUUACCUCUCUUACUAUUCUGUUUUAGCCCUCAUUACUAUUUUUUAUUUCAAGAACCGGUCGAACUGGCAGUUACCUUUCCUGACAUUCCAUUUUUGCCGACUGACAAUCACUUUACUCAUAUGCAUUUAGAUGUUUGGUAGAAUGUUAUCCAAUCUUAUGGUUACGGUACAUUAUUUCGAAAGUGGAGGGGCAUUGAAAUUUUUUGAACAUAUCGAGUCUUUAUAUAUAACGUGGGGAAUGGCCUUUACAAAGUCUUUACUACUGCGUAAAGGAAACUUUCUUUCCAGCAAAAGAGGGCGUUCAUUCAAAAAAUACUUUUUUCGUUCUUUUAAUGGAGCUUUUUAGCCCAGAAAAAAGGCACUUCUUCCCUAAAGAAAAGGGGGGGGUGGUUGUUGGGGGGGGGGACACGACACGAAAUUCAUCACAGCUUGAAAGAGCAUCACAAAAUUAGUAAUAUUCCGACGUUUGGUCGUUGCGAAAUGUUGUAAAAUGCGGAUAAUAUAGCACUGCGAAGUUUGCCGUUUUUCAGUCAUUUUGUAUUACGUGCAGGAAAUUGAUACCUUUUUUCAGAAAGCGGUAUCAAUUUCCCGUGCGUAAUACAAAAUGACUGAAAAACGGCAAAAUUCGCAGGGCUAUAUUAUCUGCAUUUUACAACAUUCGGCAACGAAACUUGGCAAUAUUACUAUUUGUGUAAUGCUCUUUCGAGCUAUGGUAAAAAUUUUGUCUAGAUAAAAAUUUUGGUUAUCAGGUAAUAGGUCUAUUCCUAGUCGGCAGCAUUUCUACUUGUAAAUUCUACAUUGAAUUGUUUACCAAAGCAUACAGACAAACGGUUAUAUUUUUUCAUAAACAUUGCUGUCCAUUUUAAUCUAUGCUUUUACCAAAAAACAAAAUAAAAACGUUCUGUAAAUAUCAUCACAAAUUUGAUUACCGUUUAAUUUUGUUUAAUUUGAUCUUUAGCAUGAUUGAUUGUUUGGUUGUUUGUAUAUUAAUUUCACUUUGAAAAACCGAAAUUUCUGUGCCAUGCAUAAAAGCCAAUAUUUUGAAAAAAACCCCUCAAGCACAAUUGUUUAUUCAAACCAAUAGCAAUUCGCAUUCUUUACAGCAUCUUCCAAAUAAGAUGGUUGAGGUAUCGAAAGUCUUUCGUACUGGCGAAAAGCAACCUUCAAAACAACAUGUUGCAAUAUUGAUUUCACUGCUUUGCAAUACUGUUGCAAUAUUAAUUUCACGCCUUUGGGACCCCGGAACUAAGAUGUUGAAAUUGGCUUUAAUUUUGAUUAAUUGUUGAGGUAGUCCUUUUUCACUGUACUAUGAGGAUAGUAGCAAAAUAAGGAAGUAAAAUAAUUGCUACAUGAAGUUUUCGUUUUCCGGCACAGCUUGUAAACCGCAGAGCACCCUCGACAUGUGCACUAAGAAUCACUUUAUUCUUUUGUUUACCAGCCUCAGUCCCAGAGAUGUUACGUUAACGUUAUUGCUAUUCACGUUCCUCCAUGUUGUUUAACUUCAGAAUUAACCAUAUAUGUAUACACUUACCAGUUAUGGAACAUUGUUAAGCGUUAUAAUUCAUUCAAACAAAGUAACAAAUGUGAUCUGGCAAAUUGAGCAAUAUAAACAAAUUUCGUGCCAUUUUCCAGAUUGCUAUUUUCCGGAUUGCCUUAAAGCAUAUUGAUCUUUUCUUAUGUUUGAAUGAAAAAAACAAACAGACGAAAACCACACCAAAUUGCCAAGAAAGCUAUAUAAUAUGUUUUAAGUGAACUUACAUUGCUUGAAUUUUAAACUUCAUGAUCGAUCCAUGCAUUCGCUCGUUUUUUCGUGGUAAAACUUUCAGCUUAUUCUCUUCCUGUUUUGUAGACCAAUUUCCGCUUUUCAGAAAUGUUUUAGAUUUCGAAAUGUCCAGAAUAGAAAGGAAAUUGAACUUGGUGUUGUGAAAUCUUGGUCUGAAAUGAAACUCAUGAUUAUAUAUUGCACUCACUCUUUGCACUCACUCUUUGCGGCCGUGUAGUCGCGUAUCUGAUUUCAGACCAAAUUGCACUCCACCCAGUUCAACCGCUAUUAUUAAAGUGCCCCUGACACAAAAAUUGAUUUUUUGUGUAUUGAAAGUACACAUUAUGUGGAGUGUUUUGGUGAAAGAAUUUUUUUAUUUCAUUGAAACGAAAAUUUUUUAGAGCCGUUUGAACACGCAAAAUGUGGGCUUUUUGUUGGCACGCGUCCGUGUUCGAAGGAAACUGGAACGAGCGAUUUUUGUUACGUCACGCAAGUGAGUCGGGGUAUUCUAUAAUUUAUUCGACUGGUACUAACUCUUGGCGCAUAUAGUCCAUAUACAAAUAUACUAGAUUUGUGAUAAAAAAUAUAUGCCUUUUUACUAUGUUGCAGCUAACUGUACCAAUAAACCAUGUUUAAAAGAUGGAAUAAGUUUACACAAUAUUCCAUACUUCAAUAACGAACGCGCGGAAGCUAAAAGACGAAGAAAAGUAUGGGUUUGUUUGUGCCGUCAAAGCACAGGUCAAAGCUAGACUCGACUAUAUGCUCGGAUCAUUUUUGACCAGAGGAUUACGAGAGGCGAUUCUUUUCGUGUCUUUCGUUGACGGGGCUCGGCAAGCCUAACUAUCCGAAGCUAUUAAAGACUGACGAUAAUUUGCUUUGUUUUGAUGAUUCAAUUUCGGUUUUACGGGCCCGCUAAUAAUAUAAAUAUUUUGUAAUACCCGAAAUGAAAGAUGCAAAUCUGAAGACACAAGCUUGAAAAUAACACUCUAAAUAGUGUUUUCGAUUCCGGUUCGAAUAAGACUAUUACGAAAAAGAUAUUUCCAAAGGGGCCGAAUUUAUGUUCGGCAAAAGAUAUGACUAGUUUACAUUGUUCGAGACUAUAAAUUGAGUAAUAUAAUGAAUUAUGACACCGCUUGACCUAUCAAAGUCAAAGACAAAGGUCAUAAAUAGCUAUACCAUCUGACUAAAACUAUAGCCUGUAUCUGACUAAAAGUCUAAAACUAUCGCUGGGAAUUAGGAGAUUUUGUUUCACUGAAACGAGUCGUAGUAUUUUUGUCUUCAUAGCAUGCACCGAACCGGAGAUAUAAACUUUGCAAAGCCAUAGAACGUCUACGUUAGCAGAGGGCCAGGCAAGAUGCGCCAAAUCUGAGACGCAGACUAAAAACAGUCGCUAAUAAUGGGAGACUAGUUUUAUUUUAUUUUUCUCGUGUCCCCUAGCUUUGUUUACCAACAACAAUCCAUAGUUUUACUCGUGAAGUGAAAUUGUGAUAAUAGCGGCAGUUUUUCGUGAUCAGCAUCUUCCAACACAACAUAUAUUAACCAGGUAUAAAAUUCGCACUGGAAUCAUCGGACUGAUCGCUACUGUCGGAUUCUGUUGUCGACAUGAUACUUUAUAGAACCAUGAUAGAAUUUAGAAUAUAAAAACACUUCAGCAGUUCAGCGAUCAAAACCUUUGAGCUGAUCAAAACUGAUAAAAGUCUAACAGACCGUCAAGAUUUGACUCACUUGCAUGACGUCACAAAAAAUGCUAUCCCCAGACUCCUGUAGCCGACGUCCAUGUGCCAAAAAUUUAUGUGUUUAAACUGCUCUAAAAAUUUUCCUUUUUAAUGAAAUCAAAAAAUUCUUUCACCAAAACACUCCACACAAUGUGUACUUUCAAUACACAAAAUAUCAAUUUUUGUGUCAGGGGCACUUUAAUUAUUUUGCAGGAAACAUUUUCCUAUUCUUCUGCUUACUGGAGUAAUAUGAUAAGUUACUCGCCAAAUGAUGGGACAACUGGACUAGAUAAGAAGGAGACGAAACUGCCCACUUACUGGAGCACACCAUUUAAGCAACUUUGUGUGGGAAUGAAAGUUAAAAAUUCAGUUAAGUUCAUUCCAGUUAGCCACACAGCGAAUUCCUUGUAUGACAUCAUCGCAGGCGGUAAAUUCCAUUCAACAGUCAUUCCUCGCAACACUUGGAAAUCUCUAAUUCUUGGUUCUUCCCUUAAAGCAACCUGUGGUCGACAAGGGUUCAAUGCUGCUUCUGAAGACAAACAUCACACUAGAGUAAGAAUCGGCAUUAUCGGAAAUAACCAGAUUCAUUGUCGAUCUGCAGACUCCUUUAUCGGAUUUGGCGCAAUUGACACGAAUCAGCGCAGAUACUGCGGAAUACGAAACAUAGUCAACAGUUGUGGCAAUAGCGCUUAUUGUUCGGCUGAUAACGGUAACAAGGAAGUCAAAGCUGUGGGUUACAUAUUUGCUCGUUAAAUUGCUAUAUACGUGCAGCAUUUAGACUGUCCAGAUUGGAGACAGACUACGAGUAAUAUCUUAAACAUUUAUCUUAAGUCAAUUUAUUGAACGUUUAUUUAGUUGAUUGCCUCAGAACUUUUUUCCUGU